AUGAGUGUCCUCCAGUGUCUUGAUGACUGGCUGAUUUGGCGAAUCGUCAGUGCCGUCGAUCCCAGAGACUGGCAGCUCCUGUCGACCGCUUGCCGGUCCGUCUGCAACUUCGUGCUCGCCUUUCUUCGUGGUCUGCAUAUUCUGGACCUGUCAAGCAUCGGCAACGUUAAUCUGAAACGACUGGUACGUGCUUGCCCAAACCUUGAGGAGCUGUGCUUGAACACCUUGCUGAUUAGAAGCCAAUCCCUGACGUAUGUGUCGAGCCUAUCGAAGCUGCAAGAGUUGCAGCUGCGCGAGUGUCCGCUUUUGACGGAUGCCGCACUGCACUCGAUCUUCAGCGGCCUGGAACUUCAAGUACUGGAUGUAAGCUGGGCAGCCGAGUUCAGCGAUGCACCCUGGACCCAUGCGCCAGCAUCGUUGCGUGAGUUUCGCGGGGUUGGUUGUGAACAUUUGACCGAGAGGGUAGUGGUACAUCUGUCAAAGAGGUGUCCGCAUCUCACAGUGCUCCACUCCUCUCGCCAUAUCAAUUGGAUCGGAGCGGCACGUCCAGAGCUGUUGGCUUCCCUGGUUGACAUGCAAAAUCUGCAAGACGUGGCUUUCCAAGACAUACCGCUGAAUGAUGACCUCCUCUACACACUAGCUUGCUUGCCCUCCUUGUCCAGGCUUGAACUCUGGUCGUACAACAGCGAUCAGUACAUCACCGAUGCUGGCGUGAUCUGCCUCGCUGAACAGCUCCGCAAGUCUCUCACCAAGCUGAGCUUGGACUCCUUCGUCUUCCAUGGGACAGGGGUUCUGUCUGCGCUGUCAGGCUGCUCGCUCCAAGAGCUUCUGCUUGAGGGUACUUCGCAGUGCCACAUGGGUUGCAUCAACAACGUAAAGCUUGCAGCCAGCCUCAUAAAGCUGCGGCUGGCAAAUUGUGGCUUGGCCGGGAUCAUGGACCUCUCUGGUGCAGCUGCACUCGAGUACCUUUGGCUUUUCGACAACCCCGGACUUCAGGGAGUGCAGGGGGCUGGGCAGCAGCUGAAGACCUUGAACCUGGGAUGCACCGGUUGCAUAAUCAUCGAAGGCUUUCGCUUCGAUGGCCUGGAUCUGCUGGAUGUUUCUUCCACCUUGAUGUCGGAAAGAGUGUUCGAGGCCGUCCUGCUGGCAGCUCCCCUGAUCACUCGAGCGGUUCUCGGCAGCAACCUUCUGCCGCUGCCCCUGCUGAUGGCCUUCUUACAGCAGGCAACACACCUCAGGAAUUUAAGCCUUGUCGGUGCCGAGGGAAGUGGGCUCGCUACUCUGGCCAGCUUUCUGUGGGAAACGCGUUCGAACAGCUCUGGUGUGGCUUCGGGGUUGGAACUACUGGAGAUCUCGGAGGAUUCGUGUGCCAUGUUGGCCGAAUGGCUUACUAUGGAGCUGGAUCACAUGGUGCUUAAGAGAAGCAGCAAAGACAUCCGCAUAUGGAUCAUCGAGCAGCACGAGCACAGCAGUCCAUAUGGUAGGAUUGAUGGCGCUGAUGACUCCUGGCUACCAUCAUCCGUUAGCUGCAUGGCCAGUUUGUACAGACAUGGCGGCGACUUCUGCAACUUGCACUUCGACGAGUACUCCGUCGCUGACGGCAAGAUAGACUUCAGCUUUGGAUUCACGUUUGGGGAGGAUCGCCAGCUUGUUUUCGAGCACCGUGAAGGCCACAAGGUGCAGUUCGCUCUUCCGCAGCGGAACGGUGACGUCCACGCUUUUGGCGAGGGAACUAAUGGCCGCUGGCGGCAUGGAGUUCCACCCUCGCUAGAGUGCAAUGGUCCGAGCAUCAGCAUCAAUGUUUGGGGAUCCCGAGGCCACGAGGAGUUCGACAUGCCCGUCUCCUUAAGAGGUCGGUUUCCUCGGAUACAAUUUCAAGAUCCAGCUGCCGCUUCGCAUCCCCGCGAGUGCGAGGCCUGUCAUCGCAUGGCUGAGCUGCAGGGUGGCUUGAAAGACUUGGAUGGCCGCUGGAGUUGCCGGAGCUGCCAGGGCCAGGGUGACCUGGCCCUGGGCCUUAGCUGGCGACCGGCUUCGGCGAAGUCCCCCAAGGAAGCGACAGACUGCCUCACGGUGAAAGGUGCGCAACUGGCCUUGGCCAUCUUGGCUGGACGACGGAAUUAUCUCUUUCGCAGGGCAAAGUUCCCUGAUGGGUGGUACGCCCUUCACGUCGCCAAGGAGUAUCCCGAUCCAGAGAGUUCCGAAACUCUCCAGCUUCAAGGAGAGUGGCCGUCAGCCCCGGCGGAAGAAGACCUGCCGCACGAGGCUUUCGUUGGCCUCCUCUAUGUAAGAGCUGAAGGCUUCGCGGCGAAAAGCGUGGACUGGAAAGGGGCUCUCCGGAAGUACUAUGUUGCCAAGACGGUGGCAUUGCAGGACCCCUUGCCAGCUCGUUCUCCGGGAAUACCGGAAGAGCCGUGGAGGCUGAGCCCAAUAGCCCGACGUGAAGUAUCCGAGCUGAUCGGGAAGAUUUACGAGCCGCUCUUCAGCCUUGGACCGGAUGCAGGGUUGCUUAGCUGCACGGCGCCAGCGGCCAGCGCAGUCGAACUCAGGAAUGCCCAUGCUGAAAGUUCAUGGACGCACGAGCCAUCCUGGCCAGCCGCCUUGUCACUUGAGCAUCUGGAGCUUCCGGUCACGUUGUGGAGCUUCCGCCUUUGCCGCAGGUGGUCCAAAUGGUCGGCCUGGGAGUGGGGCGACUCGUGGGACUGGCACGAUCGGGCCUGGAGUGACUGGGCCGAGGACUGGGGCCCUGGUCUCAGCCUCCUCAGCCGUUGCUUGGCCCGAAGUGUGGUUGCUGUCUGGGCGAGGCAGCUGGAGGUGGAGUCGGGACAGCUGGCAGGUACAGACGUGCUGUUUCCCCGUACAUAUGGCAGGAUGGCUCGUCACAGCGCAUUCGGCCGUGCAGUGCUGCUUGUGGGAGCUCUGGCUCUGGUGAGGACGCUCUUUGGAUCCACCGCCUUCACCGGCAUGACUGGCAAGAACAUCUCUUCAGGACCCCAGUGCCAGAUCGUGGUGGCUAGGAAGGUGAGCGAGGGUGACUCGCUCCCAUCGGUGGACGUGGAUGUUAGCAAGCCCGGUGACACAGUGAACGUUGCGGAGCUCUUCAAAGGCAAGAAGGGCGUGCUGUUCGCCGUCCCAGGUGCCUUCACGCCAACUUGCUCCGAGAAGCACCUGCCAGGCUACAUUGAGCAGUCGGAAGAGCUGAAGGCGGCAGGCGCUGAGGUCAUCGCCUGCGUGGCCGUCAACGACCCCUUUGUGAUGAGCUCCUGGGGAAAGCAGCAGGAGGCCGAGGGCAAGGUCACGAUGCUUGCUGACACCAAGUGCGAGCUGACGAAGGCACUGGACAUGGAGCUGGACGCCACGGCCAAGCUCGGCAACGUUAGGUCACAGCGAUACGCCAUGAUCGUGGACGAUGGCAAGAUCACCAAGAUAACCACGGGCGACGACUCGUUCGCACCUGACAUCUUGGAAGCCCUCAAGCGCUGA